AUGACGUUGAAAUCUUUAAUCAAUUUUGGAAAUUUUGGAAAAGCUCCUUGGGAUGCAUCUAUCGCCGAACGUUAUCAUAGUGACGAAAGUGGUUAUCAUCACGGGUAUCGCGGAAGCUCUAAAGGAAAAGAUGGAAGUAGCGCUGCGCUGAGUGCAUUGACCUUGCUCGCUUUCCUAUUUCUUUUAAACGUUAUGCAGCAAUCUUUGCAGGACAAUAACUCGACACUCGCCCCGACAACCACCGCACUAUUAUUACGAGACACCGAAAUGCCAAUUGUCUUGGACAAUGAAGAGGAAAAAAAUACUAAGACAACAGACGAUUUUGUGGAUGUAGCAAAUACAUAUGGUUCAAGAACAACGAUAAAAAGUUACGCAUAAGGUGCGGAGAUUGACUAUCUGACAGCCUUACAUUUUCUAGAAAGAGAUAGCUCUUUUCUCAAAUAUCACAUUUUUAUAUUCGAGAAUAUUUUUAUUCUUAGUUUCUUCUUAAUUUUGAGUAUUCAAUUUAUAUAUGUG